ACCUUGUACUCAAUUACCAAUCAGAGGUUCUUUACGCGCGCGUAACGCCGUGCUCUGUUGUAUUUUACGUUAUUGCAAAGUCAACAACUCGAUCAUCGGUCCGACGGAGUCUGGCAGACAAGAAAAAAACAAAAAACUAAAGGAGCUAGAAUGAACGAUAUGGUUUGGGGACUCUAUUGUCAUCUGCCGCGCUUCAUGGAGUCGGAUAGCAAAAGUUUCCAGCCCUGGAGAGACUACAUGGGACUGUCGGAUGCAAUCCGAGAGAUGCUGCGCCGGAACAGCGAUACCAAGUCCUCAGUGCCAGCCUCCAGUGCUCCGCAACCAGAAUCUGAUGAUGUUUGUGAGGCUUUGGGGUCCGUGCGCAUUAACGCACUUAGUCAAAGCGGCGACCUCGGGGCAGACUGUGCGCCAGAUCUUUCUGUUGAACCCAAACCAUCAGGCUAUUUUGCUCAUAAGCAGCCAGCUGAUGGCCAGUGGGACGCACUACAUGCUUGUUCUGCUGAGGAUUUAAAGCCAGUGUCAAGACCAGCGAGCGCCCGGGGGCCAAAGGACCGCAAGAAGACUACCCGUUUCAAAACACCUGAGCCGCCUGCGUCACCUCCAUCAUCUCAGCGCAUGUUCUGCAGUUUCUGCAAACACAACGGGGAGUCUGAUUUGGUGUAUGGAUCCCACUGGCUGAAGAACCAGGCCGGAGAAGUUUUGUGUCCCUACUUGCGGCAGUAUGUGUGUCCACUUUGCGGGGCCACAGGGGCCAAAGCUCACACUAAGCGCUUCUGUCCCAAAGUGGACAGCGCGUACAGCUCCGUGUACGCCAAGUCCAGACGCUGAACCAGCAGCUGGCAGGUAGAGAGAAGACUGCACAGAAGGCUGACUCCUUUUCUCAAAAAAUAAUAUUUUAUUUAUUAGCACGUGUGUGUGUGUUUUCGCUUUUGUGUGUGUUGAACAAACUUUUUGGUUUUAUUUGCAUGCUUUGGCACGUUUGCUGUGUAGCCUUCUAAAUGUUUUUGAGCUGGUCUUUCUGCUGCCUUAACACUGGAAAGUACUUUGGAGAAUUAACGACUGCCAGAUAUGUUUGGGAGGAGAAAAAAACGUUUCAGUGGAAAAUGUGUUUGUUUCACAUAUUUUAAAAAAAACUUUAUAAAACGUAUUACACGUACUACAGUAUGUAAACAUCAUCUGACCUCGUUAGCAUUUUACAUUUUUAAAAUAUGAGUGACUUGUUCUUGUUCUGAGAUGUGUGGGUAAAUCCCUGUUCUUGAGGCAUGUUGUUUUAUUUUGAGUAUUGUGCGUGUGGCUCUUCUGAGAAUGCCAUUACAGCUUUUCUCACUUUUGUGAAUAUUUCUGUGAGAAUACUCUUGUUAUAAAUGUCUAAAUUGA